AUGCCCGCCUCCCGCGCCCUCGAGAAUGCAAAGCAAGGCUCCGAAACUAUCCUCAAGGACGCAUCUGAGACAAUGUCGAAAGCGGCAGAGAACCCAAAGAAGGCGACAGCCGACCUUCUCCACACACCUUUGAUGCGCGCAGCCCUGCCCUUCAUAAAUGGCGGUCUUGCAGGCAUGACAGCAACGAGUGUUAUACAGCCCGUCGACAUGGUCAAAGUACGGCUGCAGCUUGCAGGCGAGGGUGUAAAGACAGGUCCUAAGCCUACACCUAUUGGUGUACUCAAGGACAUCGUCGCUUCAGGGAAGGUUUUGGAUUUGUAUACUGGCCUCAGUGCAGGCCUGCUCAGACAAGCUGUCUACACCACCGCUCGCCUCGGCUUCUUCGACACAUUCAUGAAGCGUCUAUCCGUGCGAGCAAAGGAGAACGGCACAACAGUCGGCUUUAAGGAACGCGCUGGCGCUGGACUGACAGCUGGUGGCCUCGCUGCUGUUGUUGGAAACCCAGCAGAUCUUGCGCUCAUCCGUAUGCAGUCCGACGGCAUGAAACCCGCGGCGCAGAGGGCAAACUACACCUCAGUCAUCGACGCGCUGACCAGGAUCUCCAAGAACGAAGGCGUUCUGCGUCUGUGGGCGGGCUGCUACCCAACAGUUGUCCGCGCCAUGGCACUUAACUUCGGACAACUCGCCUUCUUCUCAGAAGCCAAACAGCAACUCAAGAGCACCAGCCUCUCGUCUCGCAGCCAAACGCUGACCGCCUCUGCCGUUGCCGGGUUCUUCGCAUCCUUCCUUUCAUUGCCAUUCGACUUCAUGAAGACAAGACUUCAGAAGCAGACCCGCGCACCCGACGGCACACUACCUUACAAGGGCAUGUUCGACUGCUUCCGCAAGGUUGCAAAGGAAGAAGGCCUUCUGCGAUUCUACCGCGGGUUCGGAACAUACUACGUCCGCAUCGCGCCGCACGCCAUGGUAACACUCAUCGUCGCCGACUAUCUUGGCUUCAUCACCAAGUAA